UUUUUAUGAACUUCUGGCAGAAGUGCGGAUGUGAGUUGCAUAUUGAUACGGAACAGGCUGACAGUUUUCUUUAAGCAAUGCAGGCUUAGGCCAUGAUCGUUUUGUGGAGCUAUGAAUCCAGAGGAGCAGACGGUAACGUGGUUGAUAUCAUUAGGAGUGCUCAGCUCGCCUAAAAAAAACAUAGCGGACCCAGAGGAGUUUCUGAAAACAUCACUGAAGGAUGGGGUCGUCUUGUGCAAGCUCACGGAGCGGCUCGUACCUGGCUUCACUCCUAAGUAUUGCCAGGAUCCCAGAACCGAAGCCGACUGCAUAUCCAACAUCAGGGAGUUUUUAAGAGGAUGCUCGUCCUUGAAAGUAGAGGGUUUUGAACCAGAGUGGUUAUACACCGGCGAGAACUUUGGCAAAGUACUGACUACUUUGCUGGCAGUCAACUUUGCCACUCAAGAUUGUGCUGCUGAGAGAUGUCCACAGUCUGGUUCUUCCUCUCCUAGUCAGGCGACGUCCACACACUCACUGUCCUCUGCCAAAUCCAAAGGCUCUCUGCGCAGACAAUCCAAAUCAGUGGAAAUGUCUGAGAACGGCAGUGCCGGGCAGCUGAUGGUAAAAGCUCGCUUCAACUUUAAGCAGAACAACGAGGACGAGUUGUCGUUCAAUAAAGGUGAAAUGAUCAUUGUGACGCGGCAGGAGGAAGGAGGAUGGUGGGAGGGCACACUUAACAGCAAGACCGGCUGGUUUCCCAGCAACUAUGUCCGUGAGGUCAAACCCUGUGAAAAGUCACUGUCUUCCAAAGGAACUCAGCUGACAAAGAACUACUACAGUGUGGUGGUACAGGACAUUUUGGAGCAUGAGCGGGAGUUUGUUAAAGAGCUACAAACGGUGUUGAGUUGUUACCUACGACCUCUGCAGGCCAGUGACAAGCUGAGCAGCACCGACAGUGCAACGUUGUGUGGAAACCUGGAGGAGAUCCUCACCUUCCAGCAGGGUCUGUGUUUGGCUUUGGAGGAGUGCACUAAGAUCCCAGAGAGUCAGCAGCGAGUGGCGGGCUGCUAUUUAAACCUGAUGUUGCAGAUCAAGAAUCUAUACCUGACUUACUGUUCCAGCCACCCUUCAGCUGUCUGCAUCCUAACUGACCACAGCGAAGAGUUGGACAAGUUCAUGGAAAGCCAGGGAGCAAGCGCACCGGGAAUCCUGGCCCUUACCACCAGCCUCAGUAAGCCCUUCAUGAGGCUUGACAAGUACCCGACCCUCCUGCAGGAGCUAGAAAGACAUGUGGAGGAAGCUCAUCCAGAUUUUGCUGACAUCAUAAAAGCAACAGCAGCGUUUAGGAGCCUAGUGACACAGUGCCAGGACCUGCGGAAGCGCAAGAACCUGGAGCUGCAGAUUUUGUCGGAACCAGUACGGGGCUGGGAGGGAGACAGCAUGAAGAGCCUGGGUCAUGUGGCCUACAUGUCCCAGGUCCAUGUGAGAAAUGGAUGCAGUGAGGAAAAAGAGGAGCGAUACCUAAUGCUUUUCCCUAAUGUGUUAAUUAUGCUCUCAGCCAGUCCUCGGAUGAGUGGCUUUAUUUAUCAGGGCAGACUUCCUCUGACAGGCACCACUGUAACGAGGCACGCAGAAGAUGCAGACACUGCCCACUAUGCAUUUGACAUCACAGGAAGCAUGAUUGAUCGUAUCACAGUGUUCUGCAGCAGUGCCCUGGAUUUACAGGACUGGCUAGAACACCUGCAGCCCUUUACCAAAGGAGGCAGUCCUGCAAGCACCAUUUCAAAGAGUGUAGAUGGUAAGGCACAGAGCAUGGUCGGAACCCCUACACACCUGCCCCAUCUGGGUGGUCUCAGCUCUGCUAGUCGUGGCCCCCUGGAACCACCACAAAUCAGCAAACCCUGGUCUCUCAGCUGUCUACGUCCUGCACCACCUCUCAAACCCUCUGCUGCGCUGGGUUACAAAGAGAGGAUGUCUUAUAUCAUGAAGGACUCAAGUAAGAGCCCGCGGCCUAUGAAGAAGUUCUUGCCAGGCAACAGAAAGAAAGAGCGCAAGCCGUCUGAUGACGAUGUUCAGAUGAGGAAAAGCACGGUCGCUCUGGAGGAGGAUGCUCAGAUUCUUCGGGUGAUUGAGGCUUAUUGCACUGGAGCCAGCCUGCACCAGAGCACCACAGCAGUGCGGAAAGAAUGCGUGCCCCAGGUGCUUCUGCCAGAGGAGGAGAAGAUCAUUGUGGAGGAGAUGAAGAGCAACGGGCAGACAGUUAUUGAAGAAAAGAGCCUGGUUGAUGCUGUGUAUGCUUUAAAGGACGAGGUUCAUGAACUGAAAAAGGAGAAUAGAUGGAUGAAGCAGUUUCUGGAGGAGGAGCAGAAGUCUCGCAAAGAGCUGGAGAGAUUAGUCCGAAAACUAACCAAGCAGAAGAAUGACUGUGGUUGGGAGGACAGCAGCCACUAAGCACAUCCAGUCAACCAUCCUCACCCUCUCGUGGCUGCGCUUCUAAGGCUAAAUUCGUUUGAGCAGGCUUGCCAAAGGGCAGGCGUUUGUGUGUGUGCAUUUGCGUAUCUAUGUUGCGUCUUCACAUUUCAGCCCUCUCUGGUGACAAGACUUGGAGCUUCUCUGCUUCCAGGUCUGGAGCUUGAUUUGACAUUACAAUGAAAUCUGAUCCAUCUUCCUGAUCAGCCUCACUAGACAAGCCUACAUCUUCCUGAAGCAGCUCAAACCAAGAUUUUUCAAACAAGAUGUCCCACAGUGACUGGCACUGUGAAGUCAACCCAGCAAAUGGAACAUUUUUGGAUGAGGACUAAACAAGCUCUCCAUGGUUUCUUUUGCUUUAUUUGGAAAUAUCAAAGGAGUACGAAGCCAUUAAGUCUAAUGUGUUGUCUUGCAUGCACUUCUUUUACAACAUGUACUGAUUAUAUUCUGUUUAAAUCAUUUUUUGUUUGUUAUAGAGCUUCCCAGUGGGAAGAUGGACCUGUUGUGCUGUCAUGAUUAACUUUUUUUUUAUAUUUACAUCAAAUAAGCCCAGGCUUUUUGUGGCCAUUUAAGCAAUUCAAAAAAGGUGAGCUCCUCAUCUUUAAUUCACUUUCAAAAUGCAGCUGUUGACUGUUUAUUUAAAAACUGCAUGAAUGUACAGUGUUUCUACAGUAUGACUUCUGCAUCAGAAAUGUGAUUAAUCUCAAUAUAUUUGAAUAUAGACUCCAAAGCUAUCAGGGAUGCAUCUGCUUAAUAGAAUAGGAAAGUCUUAGCUCAGUACCAUUUAAUAUUACUAAAAUACACAAAUAAAGACAAAAGGUAACCUUUAGUCUUUAAACUAAAAUAUAUUCAAGAAUAAUGUUAACAUAUUGAAUAUAUAUCAUUACUUUAUUAUGGAUAAAAAAAAGCUUUAUUUAUUGUUAACCCAAGCAUAUAACUGUGGUAUUAGCCUUAUAGUUAAAGCUCUGCUGCCUUCAUGUUUCUCUGGAAAUUUAAUUAUAUUACACUGAUGUAUAAAGGCAGAAAAGAAUCUUCCUGUUUUAGUUAAGGGAAGCAUAAACGCAAACUUUUUUGUUUCACCUUAAAAGAGGAAAAUCACCUUAAGUAAUGAGAGAAUUGAGAAUUGCUUAGAGAAUUGAGAGGUUUUAGUUUGGUUGGUUCCUGCAGAACUUAUGGAGACAAGCUGAGGAAAUAAUCAGACAGGUGUUUAUAUAUUGGUGUCAUUCUUGAAUGUUUAAGUGCCUCCCAAAGGGGUCAGUAAGAGAGCUUAAGACUGGUUGGGACUGUAUGUGUAAAUUAUAUUCGAACUAUGAGCUGUUGUUUGUUAUGAUUUGUAUGUCUAGAGUCUAAAAGCCAACAGGGCUUUGCAUGCCAUUUAAGAUGCGGCUUCUUUCAGAGGAGCCACAGCGGUACAUUUCCUCAUGAGGUUGAGCGUGUGCACUGACAACACUGUUAUCUAGUCUUGCUGCACUGCAAAGAGAGGCAGUGAAUGUUUCAGAAAUGCAAUAAAUGACUGUUUUACUAACUGACCUCUGGCUAAGCCCCCGCACUAGUUGGUCAGAUAUGCAGAAAUGGCAAUAAUAAUGAAUGAAUAAACCCAGUUUGGUAUCCAAAAAAGGGCCAGACUUUGUGACUCAGCCACCACACAGUCUGCCCCUUUAUUUGCUUUUAUUUAAUUAAGUCUCUUAGUAAAAACUAACCCCCCCUUUUUUUUGUAACCUUUUUUUACUAUUUUUUUAAUUAACAAAUUAUUCAAAUAAUAGCAACAGUCCCUGCAUGGGUGGUGCUGUCUUGUGCAUGCACUUCUGUACAGGAACUUCAGAGCAUUCAUUGUGUAACUGGUUCGUCUGCAUAUGCUCUGUUAUUCUCAAAGGCACUUCUGUUUAAUGCUUGCUGUGCUGUUAGAGCUGAUCUUUAAUUGUAAAUUCUUUCAGGGCACCUGUUCAGCAGGCAGAUUCUUUAGCGUUCCUGCCAAUUCCUGUUCAGUUGUGUGUCUCAGUCUCACCUCGUGUUUGUUGCUGAGAUUAACAUCUCCUCUGUUUUUCUGUGAAAAAAUGUUUUCAAGUCAUCAAGCACCACACACUGUUAUCUGAAAUUCCCCAUAGCCUCUGAGCACUUACUGGUGGGAAGAGAUGAACUCCAGUUCUUUUAAGAUUUUAUCUCCAGACCACUGUGUUUUAUUUGUUUUUAAAAAGGUUGUUCUAUGCAAUCAUUGUUGCAACUAUUCAUUUUUUGUUGUCCUUUUUUUCUAGACACCCUGUACUUUGUUUGGUAUGAUUGUUCUUU